AUGUUCCCCAUCUACCCUGAACGUUUGCUAACGAAUGCUUCUUAUGAUACACGGUCGGACGUAUGGAGCCUUGGAAUUACAUUGCAAGAAGUAGCUCUUGGCGUAUUCCCUUAUCCAAAGUUCAACGAAAACGAACUCUUUAUACAACUGCAGCAGGUUGUUUAUGGCGACGCGCCGAUAAUGGGCCCAUCGGAUGUGUACUCAGUAAGAACAGUGCAGUUCAUAAACUCUUGCCUUGUAAAAGAAACCGAAGCACGUCCAACUUAUGCAAUGCUUAUGGAAACGGAAUAUUUUAAAUAUUACGAUGGCAUUGAUGGUACUCCGGAGUAUGUGUCAAAACAUGUGCGGCAAGCACUGAGUCUACAAAAACAGAGCAGUGCCUUAUAA